AGUUGGAAAUUAGUCCAGUUAUUUUUGCCAGCCGGGCCAACAUGGGAAGGAUGGGGUCCACUUUACCCUCACUUUUCUGCGUGUUUCUGUGGAUUUUACCCCUGACGUUAGGCUUCAACUAUGAAACGAGGAUACCUCUGGUCAAACAGGGCCGUCGAAACUCUUAUUUCGGAUUUUCCGUGGCGCAGCACCAGAUAACUGCGGGCGAGUCGGACCCCCUUCGAGUCACCGAAAAUGUAUUAUUGGUAGGAGCCCCCAUGGAUUCAAACGAUUUCCAACAGAACACAGUCCAGCCAGGUGCCUUGUACAGAUGUCCCAUUUCAACCAGGACCAACGACUGUGUCCAGCUCAGGGUGGAUGAUACAGAUGAAGACAUCACAGCAGAAAACAAAACCCUACAGUGGCUCGGAGUCAACGUGGAAACCAUGAACAAUAUCGGAGGAAAAGUUCUGACGUGUGCACACAGGUACAUGCAGGUGGUCAGCAGGGAUGCCAGCUGGGGCCGCGGCAGGUGCUUCCAACUGACCAAUGGGCUGGAGCUGGACGAAAGCCACACCAGCAACGGGGACUGGUCGCCGUGUGAGGAUUACGGAGAUGGACACCAGGAGUACGGGUACUGUCAGGCUGGGACGGCAGGCGCCUUCUCCGCAGAUGACAAGGACAUCAUUCUUGGUGCACCGGGGUCCUACUACUGGAUGGGUGUGCUGUUUGCCACAGAUGUGACUGACCAGAGCUCAGACUACAACAUAUACAAGAGCCCAGAAGACCUGGAAGUAGCAGGGGUGUCAAGAAACAGCUACCUAGCUUCAAAGAUCCCGAGGAACAGCUACCUAGGCUGGGCCAUCACGUCUGGCAGGUUCCUGACCAAAGACACGACAGACUACGUCGCAGGUGCACCGAGGGCUAACAGCAGGGGGGCCGUCCUGUUCUUUGGCAAGGAGGCGGGGAAACUUGUGACGCGGCUGGUCCUCAAGUCAGACUACCUGGCUUCUUCCUUUGGAUUCUCCGUGGCAUCUGUGGACCUGAACUUUGACACAUGGCCAGAUCUGGCUGUAGGAGCACCAUUUUACUUUGAUGCGAAGAACAGCAAAGUGGGAGGUGCAGUGUUCGUCUACAUGAACGACAAACGUGGCAUGGAGAACGUGGAGCCGAUAAAGCUACUCGGGCCCACAGACUCCCUGUUUGGCUUUGCGUUGGCCAAUGCCGGGGAUGUGGACAGGGAUGGAUACUACGAUCUGGCUGUGGGUGCUCCAUACGACGAGGGAGGCAUGGGGGCAGUCUACCUGUACCGCGGGGACAAGAACGCCGGCAUUGUGAGGAAAUACUCGCAGAAGAUCGUCCCCACCGACUUCCCCACUCAGUUUGCUUCCAUCAGGACGUUUGGGUACUCCCUGUCCGGAGGCACAGAUCUGGACGACAAUGGUUACAAGGACCUGCUGGUUGGGGCGUACGAGACAGCAAACGUUGUCCUGCUGAGGGCACGGCCUGUUGUGACAGUUGAGGCAACGUUUGAAGGCCCGGGCACCAUUGAUCCCAACGACUUCAGCUCUGCUUGUAGUGUUGGAGUAAAUGCAAGCUACAUCUGCUUCGAUGUGACUGUGAAGCUCACCUACACAUCUCGAGCCAGGGGAUCCAGGGACGACAGAAUAACGGUGGAUUACAAAGUGGAGGCGGAGAAGACUCGUCUGGAUGCCAACCUGAAUUCCCGGGUCUUCUUCAACUCCCGCCUGGACCAGAACUCUUACCAGAGCCAGGUACGACUGAGGGACGGCCGCACGGCCGAGAGGAAGGUCAAGGUGUAUGUCAAGCGAGAUGUGCGAGACUACCUGCGCCCGAUCCCGCUAGAGCUGAACUAUGACCUCCCCCAGAACACGCCGUCCCUGCCCAACGCAGGCCGACCCGUGACUAACCUCAUCAACUUCCCCAUCCUCAACAUGGCGGUGGGAAACAAGCGCGACCUCCAGGUGCACUUCCAGAAGGACUGCGGAGAGGACCAGAACUGUAACAGUAACAUGCUGCUCAGUGCCAGGUUCUUGUUACCUGGUAACCCCCCCACAUACAGCCUUGGUUCCCCGGACGAGCUCAGGAUCGAAGUGACAGCUCAGAACUUUGACGAGCCCGCGUACGAAGCGGCGCUGUUAGUCGUGGUGCCGAAGACCCUGAGUCUGGUCGGUGUGACCGGUGUGCAGGAGGAGGAGACCAAGACAUCUUGCAUACCAAGGGAAGGGAAUGAGACUUACAUUGACUGUGAGGUUGGCAACCCUCUGCGCAAGUUGCAAAAGUUCUUCCUUCGUUUUGAGACCAGAGGCAUCAGGACAGACGAACCUGAGCUGGAGGUCUCCAUGGAGUUGACGACGACGAGUAAUGAGACCAACACAGCAGACGACAGGGUCACCAUUGUUGCCAAGGUCAUUGUGGAGGUGGACCUGACUGUUUCUGGGAGUUCCAAGCCUGAACAGGUCUUCUUUGGAGGGGAGUCUAAGGGAGAGAGUGAGAUGGAAUACCUGGAAGACAUUGGCUAUCCACUCAGCCACACAUUUGUGGUCCGCAACAUCGGAACUGGUGACGUGCCGGGGGCCGUCGUGUCCAUUGAUUGGCCGUACGAGAUCAUGAACACGCCGCUGCAUCCCAACGGAAAGUGGCUGCUGUACCUGACUGACAUCGCGGUCCCCGUUGGUAAUGCCCUGUGUCAGGCACCGCGUGGGAUCAUCAACCCACUUAGUUUGGAGAGCCGGAGACCUAUUAACUACAAGCCGCCUACCAGUUCCACCACUACCAGAGAUAGGUACCAGGUCCGUGCCACCGACCGUGUGCGCCGAUCCCUCACCGACAACUACGACCACGGCAUGCAGACCUUCAUGAGGAGGGCACGAGAGACAAACAUCGGGGAACUGUUGGGCACCAAGACCAGCAGGGAGUCUAAGGUUCUGGACUGUAAGUUGGGCACAGCUCGCUGUGCGAUGAUCAACUGUACCAUCGACCUGCUGCCCAAGGGGAAGGAUGUCAUCAUCAUCUUCCAGGCCAGGCUCUGGAACUCCACCUUCCUACAGGAAUACAGAGAAGUGAAGGAGGUGGACAUUGUCUCCCACGCGUCUGUUCGGAUGCUCCCAACUCGCUUCAGCAUCGUCGAGGCUAACCCAGACAACGACAAAGCGACAGUGAAGACGAAAGCCUUCCCUGACUUUGACCUUCAGAAGGAGGCACCAGGUGUUCCGCUGUGGAUCAUCAUCGUGGCUGUGGUUGGGGGGCUGCUGCUAUUGGUGCUGCUCAUCCUGUGUCUAUGGAAGUGUGGAUUCUUCAGAAGAACGAAGAUCAAAGAACAGAGAGCAGUCAAACGAAAGGCCCAUUCAGCAUACUACGACCAGGUCCCACAGCAAGCCAAAGCCUAGUGACCCAGGGUUUCAAGGAAAAUUCCCUAUUUUUGUUUUCAGAGUAAGAAAAUGGUCUGGACUUUUUAAAGUUGUAUUGCGGUAAAGAUCAUAGGAGGUAACCGUAAAUAUGUUGAUUCAUUGUAGAACACUAUCCGGAAACUUGUGUUUAAAGGUAAAACGUUUGUUCCAACUCAGGUGAGAACACUUCCCUUUUGAGUUGGAACAAACGUUUUACCUCUAAACUUAUUGUAGAAUAGUUUUUGGCACAUGGAUACUGCAUCAUACCUUUCUAUUUGAUAUUGGCUUACAAAAAUGUUGCCCCAAACAUUUAAAGAAGGAUAUAUGAAAAAUUAAAAACUCAAUUUAACAAGGAAAGGCCUGCCGUUGCAUUUCAAGACUUAAUUACAAACAUGCAUAAAUAAUUUGAAUGCAGACAUCAGAGGACAGCAAGCUUCUUCUAUGAAGAACUGUCAUGUUGAGUUUUGUGCCUGCACAAGAUGAUAAUCAUGAUAAUGAUUCAUAAUGUUGAUCAGUUUUUGUGUUGUUUCAAAGUAGCAAAUUGUCAACUAGUCUAAUGAGGUGCAUUUGCUGAUCCAUAUUUUGUAGUGAAUGUCAGUUGGCUAUCUAGGCUGAUUUCAUCCCAAAGAUCUUUGUUAAUAAUUUGUUACAAUCACGAUUAAGUACUAGGAAUAGCCAACUUUACAAUCUUCUGCUACCAAUAAAUAAAAUAUGUGCUUCUGUGUAUGAUUUUUAUGUCAGCUCGAUGGAAUGCUUUAUCAUAUGUGUAGACUACAUCACACAUAAACACCAUAGGUGCCAAAGUUAAUUUAUGUAAGUAUAUAUUAAACUCUUCUAUGUAUUCACGCAGGUGUAUUUUUUGGAAUUCUAAGUUGUAGUUUAGUGUACACUUCUUAGGAAAUAGCGUAUUUAUGAUUUUUUGCUUUAAUUUUUUGUUUAACAGACCACGUUGUUUAUUAUUAUCUUGCUUGAUUGUUGAAUGUUUGCUGUAUGUACAUUUUAGUGUUUUAUAUUUGUAAAAUAGAAUAUUGGGGUUUAUACUUAUGACAUUGCGUACUUGGACUUCAAGGUGCUCUCACAAUACGAGAAAGAUUUGCACCCUAGAAGGCACCAGAUAAUAUCUCAGCUAUCAAUUGCUGGUGUCUGUGUACUUGGCCAGGGCUUUGUAGGAAAGGGGUUAAAUGGAAUGUACUAUUGAGAUAUGGGGUGGCAUUUUUCAAUUUCAAACAAGAAAUGUUCAACCCCUAUCUCUCCAGUGCUUUUGUGUAACCUCUGUGGUACAUGUACUUCAUAUUGGGUCAAACCAACUUACUAUGCACCUGAGGGGGGAUAUCUGUUUUGUAACUGUCUUACCAAAUUUCAUACACAAUAUGUAUGAAUAUGGAUGAUUAUGUAGUAACGGGGUACUUUAUAUUUGUGCUUUAGAAAAGAAGAGGUACGUAAACAAUUGGUGGUAGACUGGCCAUCCAUUGUUUUGUGAAAGGUUAUGUUUUUAUCACGUCUUAGUAAAUAUUUAAAGUGUAAUUGGUUUAAUCUGGAUCAUCACCCAGUUUAAGCCAGUUUGAACCAGUCUGCCUCCUUUGUAAUGCCUGAUGCUGAUUGGACAACAUGCUGCUAGCGGGAUGAAUAGCUCAGCCAAAUAAGGAUAAACAUAGCAGACAAUUUCUACUGUAGAUCUACCCGUAUAUCUAUCAUUUUUAAAACACAACUCCUGCAACUUUCCAUGAUGUUUAAACUAUUGAUUUUUUGCAAUACUGCCGAAUUGGCAUAUCUUUGAUGGAAAAGCAGUUUUACUUAACACAAAUUUUGGUCAUGGAAAGUUUUGGGGUCAGUGUAGCUUUUGGCCCCAUAGGCCAAGUGCAUUGCUCAUGUAUGCGAAAUUGUAUCAAAGACGAAGAAGAAAUGUAAAUUAGUUGCACAGAUUUCAGGUUUUCAAAUCGUAUGUUACAUGUUUGAUUGGACAAGCAUGUUGUGUUACGUCAUAUAUAUUUUUUAUUGUUUAUGUUAGAGAUUGUUCCUGUAGAUUGAAACUGUGCAUGAGUGUAAUUUAAGCUGGACACUUUUUAUGAGAUGUCAAGAAAUGUGCCAUUCCCUCUGUGUACCACCUUUUCUACAAAAAGAUGCCAGAUGACCAGUGCAGGACUCAAAGUACUCUAGCCUUUCUGGUCUAGAAAAUCAAACUCUUCCUAUCCUUUUUUGGGGUUGCUUUAUUUCUGCUAUAUUGGACCUUUGUAUGUACAUGUAGCAGGCUGAUGUCCUCCAGAAAAGCUUGACAGAAACAGCAAAUAUUUUACAUGGUGCUUCCUUGCAACUCCCUUUAAGCUAUGGGAGGAGUUUGAAUUUGUAGACCUAGCAACAAAAAUGUAUAGAAUUUCACAAAAUUAGACAAAAUUUUCUCCUUUAGAUUUACAGAUUCACACACAGGGUCAAUUUGAAGUGUCAGAUCAGUUCUUAUUUAUUAGUGGCAGGCCUACCAAUACGGGUACCACACUUAAAUGAACAAGUCAAUCAUACGAGACAAAUGUUAACCUGCUGCUCUUGGCACAUGAAGCUUUGAAUCAUUACAAAGACAGAGAGAGGUGGAACACAGAGGGACCCACCUCCACAGUUCAUCGGGGGUGAAGAUGAUGCUAUUUUGAUUAACUUUGUAUGAUACAUUAACACUUUGUCCAGCUGACCUGUAGAAUUUUGUACACCAGCUUCGGACAAUAAAACGAUUUUGUACAAACAGGA